AAAUGGAAAAUUUCGAGGAUUGGUAUCGGUCAGAAUGGUGGAACGGUGUGGGAAGUGGUUAAUCUAUUAUAUCAAGGAUGGUACUCACCUUACAUUUCCAUGGAAGUCAAAGGUUUUCACUGCGACUGAGCAUAAUAUCACAGAAGUGAAAACAGAGGAAAUACAGCGACGUCUGUUACAGUCAAUGAAAAGACCAGCUGGAUAUGUCCCGAGCGUAAACCAUGUACAUUGUAACAAGAAGUAUGGAGAAUUACGGAUGGGAGAAAGAUGUGUCCAUCUUCAUGAAUCUACAAAUGUCCAGUUAAAGGGUUUUCAUAAUGCAGGAGACAAGAGCUCUACCAGUACGAUGUGUAAAGAUAUCCGGGAAUACAGCUCAGCAUUUUGCCAAAAUGGAAAUGGAGGAAGCAUAUAUUUUGGAAUCAAAGAGGAGAAUAAUAAUUCUAAACGUUCUUCAAAAACAGCAAAAACAGGGAGCAAAACACCAGUUGUGUGUGGAAUCAGGUUUGAUAUAGAUGAUAAAAAACAACAAGAGCUUCAAAACAGAAUUGAUCGUGAAAUCUGCGAGAUGAUGCUUUGGGUAAAACAUGACGGCAAGAAAGCAAAUCGCGAUGACAUACGUCGGUAUUAUGAUAUACGUUUUCAUAACGUUGAUCCUGAAAAUACGAAUAGGAAAGUUGUGGAGGUUUCAGUAGCCAAAUUUUAUGGGUGUGUGUUUACUUCUGACCCCAUGCCAUCGUAUCUGGAUGCUGAAGGACAGAUAAAGCACUACACAACGGAGGAAUGGGUACCGAAAGUGAUAAGGGGAUACCAAGCUAAAGUUCGGAGUAAUGACAGAAUCAGUCUAACAGAAGCAUUCCAGGCAAUUACCUUGGGUUCAAAAACGGUGUAUGAGGUAAAGGGCAGCUCAGAAAAGAUCCAGCAGGCUACAUUCAAAACUGAGAAAGGUCUCCGCUUCACCCCAAAAGAAUUGCUGACAAAACUGAACAGGGAGCACGGUGAUUUCUUAAAGCAGUUCGCAGAUACACUCCAGAGAGUUUUUCAUGAAGAUAAGGGUGUAGUUAUCAUGGAAAACUUUGCCAGUAUUGUCGAGGAAAAAUCUGAAUGUGUGAACAUUUGUCCAAAGAAUCAAAUUUGUGAUUUCUUUGUGCUCACUGAGAGACAAAUGCCCAUCUUUAUUUCACUUGUAUAUUUUGAUGCACAACAAGUAGAUUCUGUACGCAGAUACAACAGAGGAAUGGCCAAACUUAUAAAGGUGGAUUUGUCCCAAUACUGCAAACCCUUUGUUACCUGUUCUGUUUGGGAUUGUAAAUAUAAAUGGUGACAGACCAAUACAGCAGCAGAUAGAGGAAAUU